GACCCGGAUGAUGGCGGCCGGAGCGGCCCUGGCCAUGGCUCUCUGGCUAUUACUCCUGCUAGUGGGAGCAGGUGGGGCCGGUCCGCCGCCGAUCCAGGACGGCGAGUUCACGUUCCUGCUGCCCGCGGGGCGAAAGCAGUGCUUCUACCAGUCGGCCCCGGCCAACGCGAGCAUGGAGACCGAGUACCAGGUGAUUGGAGGUGCCGGGCUGGACGUGGACUUCACGCUGGAGAGUCCGCAGGGCGCGCUCCUGGUCAGCGAGUCCCGCAAGGCGGACGGGGUGCACACGGUGGAGCCCACCGAGGCAGGCGACUACAAGCUGUGCUUCGACAACUCCUUCAGCACCAUCUCGGAGAAGCUGGUGUUCUUCGAACUCAUCUUUGACAGCUUGCAGGACGACGAGGAGGUCGAGGGCUGGGCAGACGCAGUGGAGCCCGAGGAAAUGCUGGACGUCAAGAUGGAAGACUUCAAGGAGUCCAUGGAGACCAUGCGGGCACGGUUGGAGCGAAGCAUCCAGAUGCUGAUGCUGCUUCGGGCCUUCGAGGCGCGUGACCGGAACCUGCAGGAGGGGAACCUGGAGCGCGUCAACUUCUGGUCGGCUGUGAAUGUGGGAGUGCUGCUGCUCGUCGGGGUGCUGCAGGUGUGCACGCUCAAGCGCUUCUUCCAGGACAAGCGCCCUGUGCCCACGUAACGCCCCACUGGGGGUCCCUUCUGGACACUU